AUGGCUUCAGCUGCUCCCCACCAGCUGGUCUGCGUGAGCCCCGAGUGGGGUUCGCGGACUGAACCCCCCGACAGUUUGCACGGCAGCCCGAAUGCUGCGGCGAGCGCGCUCAAACGGCCGGUGGCGGGGUUGUGGAACGGGCUAGAACCGGGACCCAUUUUACAGGGUCCGAUUAGCUGGCCGCACUGUUUAGUCCAGUCAUCGAGGAAUGAUAAGCGGAAGAGCCGAUCGGCCGGCAGCUCGCGGCGGCCGACAGACGCGGAGUCGGGACACGGGUGUGGGUGCGACGCGCAUGAGGCUUUGUGUCAGGUGAAGGAGGAGCGGCCGUCGAGCCCGGCGCUCUUUCGGAGGUCCAAGAGCGACGGGAAGCAGCACCACGCGGCAUCCGAGCGGCACACAAUCGGAUGUCCGGACGAUGUACACCGUCCGUUGCCGCGGCAAGAGGAGUCGUUUCAACAGAUGUUCCGGACGGAAUGGGGGCCACACACGGGGAGGGGGGUCAAUUCAGAGGGGCCGGCGGGGGGGGGUCCGAGAGAGGAGGGAACUAGGGGGGGAGCAAGGUGGGAUGCGCAUGGUGCGAAAGCGGUGUAUCAGCGGCUGUACACGCACGCGCGAAAUAGGGAGACGCGUCGGAAGGAACGGGAGGAGCAGAAAGAGAAGCAAGAGAUGCAAGACGUCACCGGACGGCCCACGCUGAACCCCCUGUCCGCGAGCAUGCUGCGCCAAGCGCGCUCGUUCGAGGAGCGGCUGAGCGCGUACGAGGCGCGCGCGCGCCGGCGCGCGCAGGCGCUCAAGGACGAGGUCGAGGCGCGGCGGGCGGCCGAGGAGGCGGAGCACGCGCGGCCGCCGCGCAUCACGAAGCUGUCGAAGAAGCUGUCGCGGGGAGUCACGCAUUUGUGCGAGUGGGAGAAGCUGCGGUUGGCGCGGCUCGCGGCCGCGCAGGAGGAGAAGCGGCGGAAGGAAGAGGAGGCGCUCACGUUCAGUCCCACGCUCAGCCGGCGGUCGCGCAAGCUGGCCGCGCGCGCAUUCCGGCCGCCGCGGCUGCGGCUCAUGCAGCUUUCAAAACCCCGGCCUCCCUCCCCGCCCCCUCCGCUUCCCUCGUUCCGGCCCGCCAUCAACCCUAGUUCCGUUGCCCUGUUCCGUCACGGCUCCGUGACGGACCGGCUGCACUACCAGAGCCAUGCCUGGUACCGCCGAAAGAACUCAAGCCCGCAGAAGGAGUGGCGCGAGGAGCCCCCCGCGCCGCCCUAUCCAAACGCCGACUGGUUCGCAAACAACGACGAGUCGUGGGACCAGAUCUUACCGAUCGCUCGCGCCACGUCCGGCCCCGAUGCCCGGGACUGGAGCGAGGCGACUGCGCACGGCUCCAACAAGUGGGACCAGUCGCCCGCAAGCACGCGCCUGCACGUCGACGCCUGGGCCGAGGACGCGGCCGCGCUGCGCGCGCGCGCGCCGAGGGUCGAGCGGCCGUGGACGACGCAAGGGGGACGAAGCGGGGAGCACGCUCCGGAGAAGCCUCGUGAGGAACAUCAAGAAGAAGCUGCUUCGGUGCCAACGACGUCGGGCCGGGACCCGGCAAUCGAGGCCCUGUCUCCCGAGGGCGGCACGCGGCCGCGGCCGAACUCCGACCCGUCCAUACCGGGGGGGUCCCCCGGGCACAAUGAUCCGAGAGCCAAUAGCGGGGAAGCUUCGACCCGGGAGGAAGUUCCGGGCGCGGCACGGAGUCCCGGAAUCAAGCGGAGCCAAUCAUUCCGAGAGGAUCUGAAGGAGAAGGAAAAGUGGCGGACGAUACGUGAGAGGAUUCAGUCGGGGCCCAAGUACUGGCACCGGCUGCACGCGCCGAACGGGGCACAGCCAGAGGAGGCGCCAAAGCGCGGCGCGUUUCUGAAGCGGUCGAUGACCUUCUCGCCCGAGCAACUCAGAACGAGCGACCUGGAGGGGGAUCCCCCGAGCGCAGGGAUCGCGGCGGGGGCGACCGAGCAGCUCGCCACGACUAGGAAGGCGUCGCUCAAGAUAGUGAUUGGGCCGGACGAGAGUAGGGCCGGGGAAUCGAAUAUUGGGACAGGGGUUCAAAUUGGGGCAGAGGUGGGGGCCGUAACUAAGGUGCCGUACAGUUCGAAGUACCGAUGUCUUUUUGUAGAGGCUUGA